AUGAAACCCGCUUCGUUGAGCAGCUUCCUCGUCCAAGUCCUGUUCGCUUGGCAGUCAGCACACUCUCAGAGCCCCCUCGGAAGCGAUUCAGAAUCGCCAAGCACGCGCUAUGGGCUUGUUCCUGACCCGUCAAUAACCGUGUCAACGCCGCUCUUCUCCGACCUCGAGCGUCUGGCCCGGCUGGUCGACAUAUCCUAUUGCAUUGGCAACACAGGUGUGCAUAAGCCGUUUGACUGUCUUUCGAGAUGUAAAGAGUUUCCUCGUCUGGUUCUGAAAACCACAUGGAGCACGGGAAUGCUUCUCGGCGACAGCUGCGGUUACAUCGCGUUGGACCGCGGCAACAGGGAGGCCGGCGACAGUGACAAACUGCGCCCUGUAUCUCGUGAAACAGAGGACGGCGCCAUCGUUGUUGCAUUUAGAGGCACCUACAGCAUUGCCAAUGCUGUUGCCGACUUGAGCAUGGCCCCUCAGGAAUACAUGCCGUAUCCUGCCCCUGGUGACGACAACGAGGACCACCCAGGUGGUAAAGAAACUUCGCCCGGCACGAAGCACCACAGGUGCGACAACUGCACUGUUCACAUGGGUUUUUGGCAAUCUUGGCAAUCGGCCAGGAAGACGGUUUUGCCAGAGUUGAAAGCCCUCAGGACAAAGCAUCCUACGCACCGAAUACAGCUGGUGGGACAUAGCCUGGGUGGUGCCGUCGCGUGUCUCGCCGCGCUGGAACUGAAGCUAUCACUUGGUUGGGAUAACGUGGUCGCCACCACAUUUGGCGAACCUCGCGUGGGAAACUACCAGCUCUCGCGCUUCAUCGACUGGGCCUUCGAUCUGGACGGCACGUCCGGAUUGGAACAGAGGUCGUAUCGCCGAGUGACGCACAACGGCGACCCGGUUCCCAUGCUGCCUCUCGAGGAAUGGGGUUACAGACCUCACGGGGGCGAGAUUUACAUCUCAAAGCGAGAACUGCAGCCUGCCGAGGAGGACGUGCGAGUAUGCGUUGGGGACAGCGACCCCAGUUGCAGCGCAGGACUCCAAGUACCGCUCCUCGAAGACGUGCGGCGGCUGUUCCGCUUUGUCCCAUCAUCGACGUCCACGCAGCAAUUUGUUGCCGCUGGCGCGAAAUCCCUGCCCACCCGCUUCAAACUCUGGCAACUCUUUUUUGCGCAUCGGGAUUAUUUCUGGAGGCUUGGCCUAUGCGUGCCGGGGGGGGAUCCAGCGAAUUGGGGACGAGGGCGGUUUGAUCAAGAGGAAUUCUAUGAGCUGUAG